AUGGUUUUCGCACGUGGCGAUGUCUCCGGCCACGACGAUCAAACGCUAGAACAUCAAGUUUCCGCGCGAAAUAUCAUAGUAGUCUCAUGGGACAAUGACAACGACCCUGGCAACCCGUACAACUGGUCCCUUUCUCAAAAAUGGACCCUAACAGCCCUGGCGGCAUUCACGACCUUUAUCACCAUGAUGAACGGCACGAUCAUCACAGUCGCCCACGAGGCAAUUAAUCAAGAGUUCAAUAUCUCAGAUGCCUCUUUCCCGCACUCAUACUGGCCCGUUGCAUCUUGGGCUGUUGGCGGCGGCUGCUUCUCUCUGCUCAUCUUGCCGCUGAUGGAAGACUUUGGCGUGAGAUGGGUUUUCCUAUCCACGUACCUAUGUUUCAUCUGUUUCGUUGUUCCUCAGGCGCUGGCGCAGAACUUUGCCACGCUUGUUGUAACGCGAUUCUUCGCUGGAGGAUGCGUUGCCAUCCUCGCGAAUACUUCGGCUACGGUUAUUGGGAAUGUGUGGGAUAGCGAGAAAGCGCGCAAUGUCCCCGUCAGUCUUUAUAUUGUCACUUAUCUCGCCGGAAGCAGUAUCGGUCCUGUGAUCGGGGCUCCUAUCUACCAAUAUCUUUCAUGGAGAUGGAUCGGAUAUCUACAGCUAAUCUGGUAUGGCGCUCUCUUCCCGGUAUACUUCUUUUUAUUCAAGGAAUGCCGUGGUAUUGCCAUCCUGGCGCAACGAGCAAAGGCUUUGAGGAAGGAGGGGAAGUUGGCGUAUACCCAGCACGAAAUUGACAUGGAGGGAACGUCGAUGAUGAGAAUCGUGGCUCGAAGCGCCACAAGACCUAUAGUGCUUUUUUUCACCGAGUCGGUAGUUUUCGUCUCAACGCUCUGGUCCGCCUUCACCGUUGGAACACUCUACCUGUUCACACAGUCAGUCGAACAGGUCUUCGCAGGACUUUAUGGCUGGACACCCGCACAAGCCGGCUACGUCCAGUCAGCCAUCGUCAUCGGCGAGAUCCUAGGAUGGAUCGGAACUCUGUUCUCAGGAAGACUAUACUUCAAUUCAGCAUCUCGAAACACCGAAGUCCCCGGUACACCCAUCCCCGAGGCUAGACUAUACCUCGCCAUCGUGGGCGGGAUGAUUGGCAUCUCAGGAGGAAUGUUCACAUACGCCUGGACCUCUUACCCCAACCUCCCCUGGAUUGCCCCAGCCGUCGGCCUCGCAAUGGUGGGCGCAGGUAGUGUGAUCGUAGUGACGGGAAUCUCGGACUACGUCGUGGAUGCUUACAGCAAGUACGCGGCCUCGGCCAUUGGUAUCAUCGCCGCGGGCGAGAACACGUUCUCGGCCUUUUUACCCCUGGCUGCUAUGAGCAUGUACUCGACUCUAGGCUAUAACUGGGCCAGUACGCUUCUUGCGUUCAUCUCGUUAGCGUUGUCUCUUGCGCCCAUUCUUUUUGUGGUGUGGGGUAAGGAGAUUCGGGCAAGAAGUCCGUUCAUGAAAGAAGCCAUGCUGGAAAAGAGGAGGAAGAGUAUUGACUCAGUUUGA